AUGGCUUGGCUGCUCUACUGGCUGGGUGAGAUUCGGUGGCUCUCUCUGCUGUCCCUGUUUGUGGCUGCCGUGGUCAUCGUAGCCGUGUACUUGGUGCAGUAUGGCCUGAGCACCCUAGGGCGACGCGGGGAGACGCCUCCUCCCGCGCCCCUUUCGGAACUUCUGCAAGGGGACGAGGACGCCCUCUUCGCCUGGCUGCUGUCUCUGAACAGCUGGAGGCGCGAGUGGCAGAAAGCCUGGAUAACUGCGCUGAAUUGGGAAGCCAAGCUAAGGGAGGAGGAUUCACGCAUAUUUACAUUUGAAGAAGAUGCAGCUUCUCAGCCUCUUGAGCUUGUGGUGCAACGAGUUGUCAGUGUGAUAAAGUCUCCUGAAGAAAAGGUGGUCUCUUGUAACAUAGCUGGAAAUGCUAUUCAGUUUAUAGUCAAUGUGAUCCAUCCUUCACUUGCUCCUGCAGAAUGUCGGUCUUACAGAGUAAAACUGUCACCAUUUCAUUUGCAGCUGGAACUUUCAAUGAAAGCCAGAGAAGAAGACAUCCAGGUCAAGUGGUCUUUCAUACACACCUCAGAAACAAACACUGAAGUCAAGCCUAUAAUACUGCAACAGGUCCAGACAGAUGGGAAUACUACAGCAUCAAAGAAACUUAAGGGUAUAUUGCAGAAUCUCAUCAAUUCAGCAUCUCCCUCUAUGAUUUUAAGUACAAAAAGUACAGAUGUAAAAGCAAUACAGAAUGUACAAAAUACAGGAACUCUUCCUCAGGGCACCAGUCCCCCUAAACCUCCAAGGGCUCAUGAAUUAAAGCUGCUAAUGAAAAAUAUCAAAGCUACACUGGCCAGUCAAAGCACUGAAAGCAGCAUUAACCCAGUAUGUAUCGUUCAGCUCAAUGAUCCUUUGCAGAAAUUUUGCGGUUCUGUAGCCAAUAAUUCCACUGACCUCUCUUGGAAAGAAGAAUUCAUUUUUGAAUUAAAUGCCAAAUCAAAAGAUCUUCAAAUAAAGGUCUUCGAAAAUGGGGAAAUGGAUAGUGGUUUCUCUGCUUUGGCUACAGUACCUUUGGACCUGUUCAGGAAACAGCCUUCUGGCCAAAAAAGCUUUACACUGAACUGCAACCUCAACAGCAACAGUCCUUCAGUAGGAUUUGUCUCUGCAGAUUUCUCAUACAUAGAACCUUCUGAAUCCAGACAUUUGAAAGUUCCUGCCACGCUUGCAAAGGUAGAGAAGGAUCGAACUGUGAUGCCCUGUGGGACUGUGGUCACGACUGUUACUUCUGUGAAAGCCAAACCUUUAAUAGAAGGGAGAUCUUCUGCUCUGCAUUCAGAUUCCCCAGCAAGAAGUCCUGUGAAAAUGAAAGUAAUUGAAAAGGAUUUGUCUAUUCAAGCAAUCCAGUGUCGGAAAGCUUCAGUAAGCAAAGCUUUAUCGUCCUCAGAUACAGAGUUACUGGUGUUAAAUGGCACAGAUCCUGUUGCUGAAGUAGCCAUUCGACAGCUGAGUGAAUCUGCAAAGCAGAAGCUCAAGUCUCCCAGGAAGAAAAGCACGAUCAUUAUAUCAGGGGUUUCAAAAACUAAUUUAUCUCAGGAUUGUGAAGCUGCCCUCAUGAUGGACUAUGCAGCAGCCAUGGAUGGCUCAUAUGUACAGAAUGACACUACUGCUCUGAAGGAGUCUGUUGCACAAUCCCCUCCUGAUGAAGAACUGUCAUUGUCUGCAUCCCAAACACUACCUUCACAUGAAGACACCCAGGAAAACAGCCAUGAUGCCUGGACCCUAGAUGACAGCAGCCAGCAGUGGCAGAGCAAUGCACUACUAGACCAUGACUGUGAUAAGGUGUCUGAGAGCUCCAUAAGCAUCUCGGAAUCUGGAACUGUGAAGAAAUCCAAAGGUGGAAUUUUUAAAAAGGGUGCAAGAUUGUUUUUCCUCCGACGGCACCACCAGAAAGACCCAGGCAUGAGCCAAUCACAUAAUGACCUCAUUUACCUACAACAGCCGACAUCUGAUGGUACUCGAAGAAAGGGAGGAACCCUAACACGCAUUCUCAACAAGAAAAUUCUCUAUAAAAGCAAGAGCAAAAACAAACUGAAUGGCACGUCAGUUGAACCGUGCACAUAAAAUCUAGUAUAUGUCAGCUAUGUGAUGAGAAGUUUACAGAAAUAUAAACAAACCCUUAUGGGCUUAAUGAGAUUCACUAAUGCUGUGGUCUGUAGAAGAGGAUGGAAAACAAAGCAGGGAAAUGCAACUUGUGGAAGAAUGCUUACAGCUAUUUUAAAUUGUGUAGAUUAAAGUCCACUAAGGUCCACAUCCUAACCCACACUCACAUGGAAAAAAAUUGGAAAGAACAGACCUUAAUCCAAAAUACACCAAGAAAUUAAGUUUUAAAAAGGUCCCCCCCCAGUUACAUAACAUAAACCUGAGUAAGCAUAAGAACA